CCACCUGCUCGUGUUGGUGCGCUGACAGGACGCACCAGUCCGUGACAGCGAUGCUUAAUGCAACACGCAGCACACCGUCGCCUGAGCGCACUUGCAACUCGACGGAGCAAUGCGCGGUCAUCGACCCAAUCCUGGCUUGUUCCGACCACCUGUGCAUCUGUCCGUCAUCCCCCGGCGAACCGAUGACUGACGGCGGGCUUUGCAACUCCACAGCCGCUGCCUUGCUGCCGCCUUCUCUGGGAGCGGCGUGCACUGCCGACGCCAACUGUUCGUCCUCGGCGCUGUGCCUGGCCGGACAGUGCAGCUGUCCGCCGGGAUUCCGACCCUGGGACGAGCACAACUGCACCGUCAUCCACGCCACAACGCCCGCGACCCACUGGAUGAGUCUUCUUGUGCUGGUUUCUGGCGCUGGGCUGAUCAUACUGUUCGUGUGCUGCCUCUGCAUCCUCGUUCACAGGAACAUCGCCACGCGUUGGACGAAGUACUACGAAGGCGGCAAGCAGUCUACGACGACGCUUGCAGUAUUGUCCCAAGCCAGCGUCGUUGACCGAACCUUGUCGAUUCAUAAGGCAACGUCGUCGCAGAACACCGACUCGGUGGGGGCGCAACAGCAGGCAGACAGCCCCGUGUCUCGUGACGCCGGCACGUCUACUUACGAUUUCAAAGGGCAGCCGGUGGCCGCUGACCACUCUUCGGAAACGACCAGCCAGCUCACCGAGCAGCGAGGCUUGCGCGCUGCACCCGACGAGUCCUUUGUGCGGCCAGUGCUGAGCUGCGAGGAAGCGCAGGCCAAGUACCCACACCUGAAAAGCUUGCUGUUGACGCCAUCGGCGGUCCAGCAGGAACACGGUGAAACGGCACAGUCGACGUCUUCUGAUCCGCCGGAUCACCCCGAGUUCUCGAAUCCCAGCACGGCUGAGGCGAGCUCCGGAGUCGAGAGUGAGCUGCCGUCGGCGCUGUCCACAUCUUCGAGAAGGCGCAAGCGACCUCGGGGCGCCGAGGCAGUCACCAGGCACGUGGUUUUCCCGGCUGAGCCUGCCACGUCUUCUAUGACGGUGGUGUACUACGAAAGUGAACACGAGCCGUUCGUACCAGCCCAGCCUGCCGACGCGACCAACCUGCAGUGGAGUUCCUUCGGCAGUUCCCUGGACUCGCUGCUCGGAACGCCCGUGGUAGCAUGCGUCCGCACUGUCAUGGACGACGCAGCGCUACACAGGACGCUGAAGAGUGGCAGCGAAGACACGUCGAUGCCUUCGGCGAUCAUUAGCAGGAAGCGUUCAGAAUGAACACUUGAGGACAGCAGAGACGACAACAAAUCGGAGGUCAAUGAACUCUGCGGAACUGGUGCGCUGGUGGCGUGCGUUUAUUUUUGAAUUCUGAACACUGAAAUAAUUUUUUAACGUGCUUUGACAACCAUGACGUGCUCGCAGGAAGAACUAUGACUACGAUUGUUAUCGCGUUUUCUUAGAUUUUUUUUAUCUCGCAGUUGGAGAGCGAUAUGUGCGGUACGUUAGGUUUACACGCUGACAAUAGUUCCUUAUGAAUGCUAAUUUUUUCUUUACCU